CUAACUGUCCGCCCUGCCCUGGUUCGAGUUUGCAGUUGAGUGCGCCAGAACACCACGGCUGAAUUACAUAACUUUAAAGCACUCACUGCACUCACUUAUGCCCUAAAUCUGUCGCGUCUUCAACGGAUUUUCUCUUUUCCUGCCGAGAGCAUGAGCAAACAAGUGACCGAUCGAUCUCCUCCGCCUCCUCCUUUCCGCCCGUCCCCUCCUCUCCCGGCGACGUGUGUUAAAAGUUAUCGACAGAUCGUCGAGGCGGCGCUCGAGAUGGAUCACAAACUCCAGUGAGGACAAAGAAAUGGCUCAGGGCGGAUUCAAGCGCAGUGCUAACCAAGACGACAGCCUGACCUUUGGGGAGACAGGAGUCGGACAAGGCGGCGACACAGGUGACGCAGCUGCUUCACUGCUCACGUCCACAAUGCACCUGCCUGGCCCCGGGUCCAUGCCCCAGCUCACAGUGGCCCCAAACGGACGGACUGGAACCAAAGAGCAGGGCGAUUUUGAAAGCCUCUUUGAUUCCCCUCAUGGUCAGUAUGAGGGGUCAGACAAGGAGGCCAAAAUCAUGAGAAUGCAGAAGCUGCAACAACCACAGGAUAUCGGUAUGUUCAACAUGGAGGGCAAUUCGCCAUUUUCUGAUCUCGAUCAAUCAGCCACCACGGUCAUCAGCACCUCAGACAACUCAGUCCUGGGGAACCUACCUCUGCCAAAUCUUUUCCCACAGCGUAUCAAGCAGGAGGGAAAUUUUUCUCUGGAAACUGAUUUGGGAACUUACAGCGGACAUACAGCUGGUGGACCAUGUGAUUUGGAUGGCAACAGCAUUCGCAUGAUUGAGGAAACUGUGAUCUGGCAAGACCUGGACCUUCCUAAUUCAUUGCCAGAAAUCAGUGAUUUGGAGUUGGUGUCAGAAGUGGCACAUUUGGAUACCAUUCUGCAUGACACCGGUGGUGGUGGUGGUGGUGGUGGUGGUGGUCCUGACGGCAGCUUGCUAAAGGAAGCAAAGACUCUGGUGGGUAACGGGGGAAGCUCCACCAGUUUGAAUGGCACAGACCAGCAACAACACAUACACCAUUAUCAACAGCAGCAGCAUUGCCAUCUACUGCAACCACAGCAACAUCCGGUUCACCCCCCACUUCAGCCGUCUACGCUUCUCUCUACCGUAACAGUCAAGGUAGAGAAAGAGCAGGACAACUCCUUCAUCCACAUCCGUACCCCUGGUGUGAUCAAGCAGGAGAAGCAAGAAAACAGUGCUUUCUGCCAGUCACAGUGUCUCCAGAGCAGCAUGAGCUCUAUCCAUGGAGGAGGCCCGAUGUCCUCACCCAUGGGAGUCAGUGCAGGACCCGGCUACCACUUCAAAGCCAACCCGGCCUCCACGGUGGGCCUUCAAGACCAGAAGCCUUUUGGCAUGUACUCAAAUGUGCCUCAAUCUGUGGAGGAGAGUUGGGCUAGAGGGAACAGGUAUGGGGAACCGUCAGGGUUACAGAGAGGCAAUGACGGGCUCCCCUCCCCUGCUCUCAUGGCAUCUUUUCCUGUCAGCUUCUCCAGCUCCUCGCCCAGAGCAGGAGAAAACAGCGGUUCCUCAGUGCCUGGCCCGACCAAGCCCAGUGGGCAGACCCAAAAGAUCUGCUUGGUGUGUUCAGACGACGCCUCUGGAUGCCACUACGGGGUUGUGACGUGUGGCAGCUGCAAGGUCUUCUUCAAGAGGGCCGUUGAAGGAUGGAGAGCACGACAAAACACGGAUGGCCAACAUAACUAUCUCUGUGCGGGGAGGAACGACUGCAUCAUCGAUAAGAUCCGCAGGAAGAACUGUCCGGCCUGCCGCUUCAGGAAAUGUCUUCAAGCUGGAAUGAACUUGGAAGCGAGAAAAAACAAGAAAAUGAAGAAAAUCCCCCAACCGGGAUCAUCAGUGCCUGACAUCAUGCCGGUUCCCGUCCUCCCGAGGAUGCCCCAGCUCGUGCCGACCAUGCUGUCUGUGCUCAAGGCCAUCGAGCCAGAGAUCAUCUACUCGGGCUACGACGGCACGCUGCCGGACAACUCCUCGCGCCUCAUGAGCACGCUCAACAGGCUGGGGGGUCAGCAGGUCAUCUCUGCAGUCAAGUGGGCCAAGUCUCUGCCAGGCUUCCGUAACCUGCACCUGGACGACCAGAUGACUCUGCUGCAGUGCUCCUGGCUCUUUCUGAUGUCGUUCAGUCUGGGAUGGAGGUCGUACGAGCAGUGCAACGGCAGUAUGCUCUGCUUCGCCCCCGACCUCGUCAUCAACAAAGAGCGUAUGAAGCUGCCCUUCAUGAACGACCAGUGUGAGCAAAUGCUGAAAAUCUGCAACGAGUUUGUCCGACUGCAAGUGUCCUACGACGAGUACCUGUGCAUGAAGGUGCUGCUGCUGCUCAGUACAGUACCCAAAGAUGGCCUGAAGAGCCAGGGGGUGUUUGACGAGAUCAGGAUGUCGUACAUCAAGGAGCUCGGGAAAGCCAUCGUCAAGAGGGAGGAGAACGCCAGUCAGAACUGGCAGCGCUUCUACCAGCUAACUAAGCUAUUGGACUCCAUGCAGGAGAUGGUGGAAGGCCUUCUACAGAUCUGUUUCUACACCUUUGUGAAUAAAACCCUCAGCGUGGAGUUCCCGGAGAUGCUCGCAGAGAUCAUCACCAACCAGAUACCAAAAUUCAAAGACGGGAGCAUCAAGCCGCUGCUGUUCCACCAGAAAGGACUGCCAUAAACUGUGAAGCAAUGACUUUUAAAAAAAAAAAAUAAAUAAAUCCUGCAAUCAUGCAAGAGCACAAUACCUGUAGCCACACGCCUCUUAAUCCGAUUUUCUCAGAUUUGGCUAAAAACGACAGCAGGAGGCUCGACUGCUACUGACCAGUCGCCUUUUUCGGAGAAAUCGGCUUUGCAUCUGAAUGUCUUGUGGCCAGGCUACAUUUUGGUGAUCUUUUGCCCGCCUCUUUGUCCUCAAGCCCCUCCCCUCCCCCCCUGCCUCCUGUUUCGUUUUUACACAGACGAGCCGACUCCCAGAGCCACCUUUUUCCCCCUCCUUCAGCGCUACAGCGAACACACUGUCCAGCAACCUGUUGAAGCUUGCCCCAAGUUUCUCCUCCGCUCGCCGCCUCCCCCCGACUUGUUUGUGUUUGCCCGUCCCAGCUCCGCACGUGUGUGUGUGUGUGUGUGUGUGCGUGUGUGUGUGUGUGUGUGUGUGUGUGUGUGGUUUCCACAGAACUGUUUGGUGAGGAAAACGCUCUCUCUCUCUCUCUUUUUUAACCCUCCGCCUCCCCAUUCUUUGGACCCGAGGACAGUGAGGGCAAACUUUUUUUGUCAGCUUAUCAUUGGAUGUAAAUGUAAAAGGUCCCGCUUACACACACACACACACACACACACACACACACACACAGAUACAGGAAGAAUCCAUGCAUUCACGCGGUAAAGUGUUUACUCAGGAUGCAUCAGACAAGGGAAAAACCAGUGCCUUUUCUAGCUUUUUUUGAAGCUCUUCACAGCCAUUUCAAAGCAGUUUCUUUGCAUCAGAAUGUAACUUGGACAUGUUUUCUACACUUUGUUUUUUGCAGUUUCUGUUUUUCUGUUUUCUCCUCAAUUUGGGCAGCUUGUCACUGUUGUGAUCGCCGAGAUAAUCCCCCACGAUGAGUAGUGUAGAGCCGAAUAACAACAAACAGGAAAACAAAACGCCAGUUUUUCUAUCUUGAAAAGUUGAAUCUCCUUGUCGGUCACAGCACAGACGUAAUAAUCGUGUCUGAUACUUAUUUUCUCGAAAGAAAGAAAUACGAGGAAAGCUGAAAGCAGCUACGUACAUGGAGACCACUGGAAUUUAACAAAGACAUAUCUGAUGUUUUGUACACAAACCUUUGCAACGUAAUCAUAUGCAUAAGAUAAUAUAACGAUAAUUAGCCAUAAGUCAAAACUGUCCUGUCACCGCCAGGCUGCUUCUACUACCAAGUAUAGUGUCCUGCUUUUAAAAAUAUGUGCUUUUAUGGGACUGCAGUUGGCAUCUCAGAAAUCACAUCAUAGUAAAAUAGGAAUGGAAUGAUUCCCUCUGGUGUUGUUGUUGCUGCAGCUUCACAUGAAUACUGGACUUUAGAAAUGCUAUCCACUUAUUAUCAGGAGAAAGACUGAAUAUUAUGCCCUUUAAUCUCUGUGUUUCUCACACAGAAACUCUGUUCUCAGCACAAGAGUUCACCUUUUUUGAGGGGGGGAAAAAAAUGUAGUUUGGUCCAAAUAAUUUAUACAAAAAGAAAAUGAGUGUCGACAUCACCUGGAUUUGUUUUUUUCCCCCACUAGUGCCAAAUAUCUUCUUUCCUCGAAGAUCUACUGACGGAGAGAUGAUGAUUCACUUGUGAUUUGACGUCACGUCGUCCUUGAGACUUUGCUCAAUGUCACACCUACACCAGCUUAGAGAAGUACCGAUUUUGUGUUAUACGACGCACAAAAAUGUUGUACUUUUUUUUUCAGGUGGUGAUUUUUUUUUUUUUUGGUACAUGUGUAAUGUGAAAACGAUGAUUGUACCAGCUUACGUGAUCGCCAAAGCAGAUUUAAAGCAGUGCCGCAGUCGUGCACCUGUGACGUCUGCGUAAAUCCAGUGACCCCGUCCCCCCGUCCCCCCCGUCCUCCCCCCCACCACACGCGCAAAAGACUCUGUCUCCUUAAUGUCUCUCAUAAUUGCCAAGCCUCUCUGCCUACAACGUCCACCCUAUAGAUUUUCUCAGCUGUUUACUCUGAAUGGUACUUGUCCUUCUGCACUACGGAAGUCUGAAUGGCAGUUAACAGCGCAGGUAGCACGUCGUCAUGGCGACCGGCCAUUUGUGUGUUACUUACAGUUAACGGGCGCAGCGGGCGCUGCAUGACAUACAAACCACUAUUCAUUAGGAGGCUGUAGCUGUUUGGAUUAAGUCGUCCGUGUACACGUUGGUUACACAUGGGCUUAAUGCUGCUGCUGCUGCUGCUGCUGCUGCUGCUGCUGCUGCUGCUGCUGCUGCUGCUGCUGCUGAUUUUUCUCGGGAAGC